AUGGCCGCGGAGGAGGCAGCGGGGCCGCGUGGAGCCGGUGCCUGGGACGCGGGAUCUGGGUCGGGAGCUGCCGGGAGCCCGAGCUGGGAGCUGCGCGAAUGGAGAGCCCACCAUGAAGCUCCGGGGGCCGUGACCCCAGCGUGGGUUGAGGACCCGGCAGGAAGGGGCCGGCUGUGGCGGACAGUGGAGGCGCCCUGUCCUGACAUGGAAGGCAGGCAGUCGAGAAUGAAGCCCAUCUUCCUGGUGCUGCUGGCUGCCCUGUUGGGAGUGGACCAAGUCCCUGCUGUCCUGAUGUGCUUCUCAUGCGAGAAUCAGAAGAGCAACUACCACUGCUUGAAGCCUACCCUCUGCUCCAGCUUCGACAAGUACUGCGUGACGGAGACCAAAUCUGGGGGCAUUGGGGAUCUGGUGAACUUUGGCCAGACUGUGACCAAAGGCUGCUCCCAGACCUGCCCCACCACCGUCAACCUGGGCCUGGUGUCGGUGAAUCGGUACUGCUGCAAGAGCUUCCUGUGUAACUACAGCGCAGCUGGCGGUGGGCCUAAGAUCAGCACCACGGUGCUGGGCCUGGGGGUCCUACUCAGCCUCCUGGUGGCACUGCUGAGGCCGGGCCUCUGA